UAACUGUUUUUUAAUACUAGAAUCACGCAGGUUGUUACGCCAUAUAGGCAAAAAUGCAAAAUUGUCUGGUUAAGCAAGAUGGUGGAAUAUGUGAUGUUGUGUGGAAAGACGGCCAUGAAAGCAGUUACCAUUCUACAUGGCUGCGAUACAACUGCCAAUGUAAAAAAUGUUUUCGAGAAUUUUCUGGAACUUAUACAAUUGAUAUCCUGUCACUACCAGAAGUUUUGUCUGUAACCAAAGCAGAGGUUCAUGAUGCAGGAAAAGCUCUCAAAACUUGGUUUCAAGGGGAAUCCCCCCACAUGACAGAGCACGAUGCUGAUUGGUUGAGAAGUCAGUGUUACUGUGACCAUUGUUUGGAUUGUGACAUCAUCAAACGUGAUGUCAUCAACUCACAGAACUAUGCUGGGAAACUUCCUACAGUUGAUUACAACAUGAUUGAUAAAGAUGAAGAUAGAUUUAAAUUCAAUGUUUUGAAAGGUGUGGUGGAUUCAGGAAUUUGCUUGAUUCAGAAUGUUCCCACCACACCCGGCCAAGUUUUGAAGGUUGCCUCCAUGUUUGGUCCCAUAUACAGCACUCUAUACGGGAACAUAUUUGAUGUGGUAGAUAGGAAGGCAGAGAACGCAGCUUACACAAACCUCCUACUACCUUUCCAUCAAGACCAACCACAAUAUGAGAGCAUGCCUGGUGUACAACUUCUACACGCACUCAGGUUCGAUUCUUGCGUAACAGGCGGGGAAUCACAAAUUCUUGAUCUCUUUCGAGCGGCAGAAACUUUUCGCCGCGAAAAUCCAAAAUAUUUUCAAACAUUAUGUGAAGUACCUUGUAAGUUUGAAACCAUGGAUAAGAAGAGAUCACAUCCUGUGUUCCAAGAACACCAGAAACCUCAUUUUGUUGUCGAUUAUUUUGGAAAGUUGGUUGCUGUUAACUGGCAUCCUGGUAUUGCUGUUGCUACAAGAGUAAGGUUUGAUGAUGUACCAAGGUACUAUGAAGCAUACAGGGCAUUUCUGAAGCUACUGGAAAGGAAAGAAGGCAUGUUUGAAUUUCGUUUGAAAACUGGAGAUUUGAUUAUUUUUAACAAUCGUCGAGUUGCUCAUGCAAGGUCAGCGUUUAAAAGCAAUGGUGGGGUGCGCCACCUACAGGGGACUUAUAUUAACUUGGAUGAUUUGAAAAGCAAUUACAUGACGCUUGCCAUCAAGCUUGGUGAAAAUGUUACCCCUCCCAAAGUUGGCAACGGUUCAUCCUUUUAAAAUAUUUAGUUUUAAUUUUGUUCGCCUUUUUAAUCGAAUCCUAAUACGCUAAUCCUUGCUUUUAUUGUUGUGACUUUAUUUCAUGCUUCAAUUAUUGUUUCUAUUUAACUAGGAUAGCCUACCCAAUAUUAUAUGCAAUAGAGUGAUUCUAUUUUUGUUUAUACUAAUUUGGUGGAUAUAUAACACACUAUUUCCUAAUUUGUUACCCCAUAUGUGUUCAACUGUAUUGUUAUUUAAGUUAAUAAAGUUAGCAGAUUUCUUGUUUUUAUUAAUUUACCAUCAAGUGUUUUAAAUAUGUCACCCUAUUAAUAAAGCUGCAAUCGUAUAUUUAUAUGAUUUUGUUAUUUUCGUUUCGCAGCCCAGUUGUAAGGAAGCAUGAAUUGUGUUUUAAAAUAAUUCUAUUACUAAACAAUACUUUCUUUGUUGAACAAUUGU